CAUAUGGAACUAUUAAGUCGAGCAGGGAUUAGUAACUAAAAGUUAUUCAAAGUGUUCAGAUGAAAUUGUGUUGAAAAAAGUGAUCAAGAAACGCAUAAAGGAACUUGUCAAAGAAAUAGAAAAUUGUGCCGUAAAAAUACUAAUAAAGCGACUCUGGUUAAUGGGAGCUUUAGAGUUCAGCUAGGUAAAGUUAAGGAAAGGAAGGAACAAAAAUCUGUUGUAAGGCUAAGUCUUGUCGAGAUUUCUUAAGGCAAUGCGAAUGAGGUCUUUAUUUAUCAUGUAGCGUGACACUAUACAUGAGUUAACAGCAGAUCUAUCUUCAAUCUUCUUCCCACUCCCAAUCCCAUUCCAAUUCCAACUCCUCGCCAGUUUAAUCCCAUGUCAGGAUGCAUCUACCUCGAGCUUAACUCCAACUUAACGUGAAUCAGAAACUAGAAAUGGACUCAUUUGCGCAAGUCGAAGCGCUGUUCGGCCUACACAGCGAUGAGGUAGGUCCCUCGAAGUUUGAGGACCUGUCUGAGCCGGAGGUCGGCAUCAUGACCAAUGCGGAGAUUCGGCUGCUGGACAACUUGGAUGACAUACCGUUCGAAGCCAUUAAGCUGCCCGACGCAUGUCCCGCAGCCGAACAGGACGCACAGAUCGAUGCGCGACUGCAGGAGGAGCUCGACUCGCUGCCCAUGGUGGAGCCAGAGCCGGAGCCGGAGCCGGAGCCGCUGCCUGCCGCAGAGCCACAGCCGCGAGCUCAAAUGGCGCCCACCAUGCUCAGCAGGCCGCAGGUUCAGCUGCAGCAGCAGCAGCUGCACCAGCACCUGCCGCAUCAGCAGCAGCUGCAGCUUCAGCAGCAGCAGCAGCAGCAGCAGCAACAUCCUCAGCAGGCAUCUCGCAUAUUCUACAAGCCGCGCACUAUGCAGGAGGCAGCCAAGUUCUCCAUCCAAAUGCCACCCGAGGGCGCAGGGGCCAAGGGGCUGCCGAACACGAGCUAUGGAAUGCAGCUGAAGAUGCAAUCGCAGCUUCGCAUUGCAACUGGGGCGCCAGGCCAACAGCCGUACAAGAUGGUGGUGGCCAAUCCGCAGGAUCGCAUGAAGAACGGCCAGGGCCGAAUCUUUGUGCAGAACUCGAGCUCGACGUCGUUUCCCAAGACCCUCACUGACUUCAUCAGGGCGAAGGGCAUUGCCUCUAGCCAGAGCCAGAUGCGUGGCCUGCUGCCCAAUCAGAUGAUGAAGCCACUGACUACGAUGAAGCUGCCCCUGAAGCCCGAUCUGAACAGUGCGCUGCGCGUGCAGCCGCAGCGACGCGAGCUGCCGCCGAUGCAGGCGCCACUCGAGGACGAUGAGGUGGACUUCGAGGAGAUCGGCGUGGCGGAUACCUACUCCUCGUACUGGCCCAGCAAGCUGAAGGGCGGCUCACGGCAUCCCGACCCUGUGGUAGAGACGGCAACGCUGUCCUCCGUCGAGCUGCCGGACAUUACGUACGAGCUGGCGCUGCCGGAGAAGUUGAAGAACUCGGACAGGCUGAGUGCGCUGCAGCUGGAGGCGGUGACCUAUGCGUGUCAGGCACACGAGCAGCUGCUGCCCAGCGGCCAGCGUGCGGGCUUCCUGCUGGGCGAUGGCGCUGGCGUGGGCAAGGGACGCACCGUGGCGGCCAUCAUCUUCGAGAACUAUUUGCGUGGACGCAAGCGUGCGCUCUGGAUAUCCGUGUCGAAUGACCUGAAGUUCGACGCGGAGCGCGAUCUGCUGGACAUUGGGGCCAGCAAGCACCUCAAGGUGGCCUCGAUGAGCAAGUUCAAGUACAGCCGCAUCAGCUCCGAGGAGAACGAAUACUUCAAGCGCGGCGUCAUCUUCUGCACCUACACAGCGCUCAUCGGGGAGUCGGCGAACGCCAGUCCCAAGUACAACACGCGGCUGCGUCAGCUGAUCAACUGGCUGGGCACGGAUUUUGACGGCGUCAUUGUGCUGGACGAGUGCCACAAGGCGAAGAAUCUGAGUCUGAUGAACGCUGGCAAAUCCACCAAGACGGGCACCACUGUGCUCGAGCUGCAGCAGCUGCUGCCCAUGGCUCGGGUGGUGUACGCCUCGGCGACGGGCGCCUCGGAGCCGCGCAACAUGGCGUACAUGGUGCGGCUAGGACUCUGGGGUCCGGGCACCUCCUAUUCGGAGUUCUUCAAGUUUGUGAACACCGUGGAGAAGCGUGGCAUUGGCGCCAUGGAGAUCGUGGCCAUGGACAUGAAGCUAAGGGGCUCGUACAUCGCGCGUCAGCUCAGCUUCAAGGACGUCAGCUUUCGCAUUGAGGAGGUGCCCAUGUCGCGGGACUUCCACAAGCUCUACAAUCACUCGGCCGAGCUGUGGGCCGAGAUCAAUGAGAAGUUCCUCAAGGCCUGCCGGCUCAUGUGCAUCGAGAAUCGAGUCCAGAAGAUAAUUACCUGCCAGUUCUGGUCAGCUCAUCAGCGGUUCUUCAAGAAUCUGUGCAUCGCCUCGAAGGUUAACCACGUCGUCAAGAUGGUGCGCGACGCGGCUCGCCAGGGCAAGGCGGUGGUCAUCGGACUGCAAUCGACUGGCGAGUCGCGCACCUUGGAGCACUUGGAGCUAUACCAGGGUGAGCUGACGAACUUCGUGUCCACCUCGAAGAUGAUCAUACAGUCCUUUGUGGAGAAAUACUUUCCUGCGCCCACACGGGAGUCCCUCUACAAGCUGCUCAACACGGGCACCUUUGAGCCGGAGACGCGCGGGAAGAGCAGCAGCGCGAAGCGUGGGCGUAUGAUCUCCGAGUGGUCGGACGAUGACAUGGAUGAGGACGGUGGCGACAGCGAUAUAGAGAUGUGCGACAACGCCUGGAAUGGCGACGACGACGAUGAGGAUCGCUCAAAGGCGGGCCGCAAGCGUCGCGGUCGUCCGCCAAAGCCGGACAAAGUAGAGAAGAUCACCAUGCAGGAGCGCAUCCUGCAGCACCUGUGCAACAACAUGAAUGCCAAGCACGAGGAGGACGAUCCUAACUUUGAUGCCGCCAAGCCGCAGACGGCGAAGAUCACGGAGCGGGACGUCGAGCGCUGCAUCACGGUGCGCGAGAAGCUGCUCGACAAGAUUGAGCACUUGGGCAGACGCAUGCCGCCCAACACAUUGGACAAGAUCAUCUCCAAGCUGGGCACCAAGGUCGUGGCCGAGAUGACGGGCAGGCGCGGACGUGUCAUCAAAAUCGACGACAACACCUAUCGCUACGAGCAGCGCGGCGAGGCGGAGACGACCAUGGAUCUGGUGAACUACAUGGAGAAGCAGCGCUUCAUGGAGGACAGCAAGCACGUGGCCAUCAUUUCCGAGGCGGCCUCCAGCGGCAUUUCGCUGCAGAGCGAUCGGCGGCUGGCUAUUCAGCGACGCCGGCUGCACAUCACCUUGGAGCUGCCCUGGAGCGCGGAUCGAGCCAUACAGCAGUUCGGGCGCACGCAUCGCUCCAAUCAGGCGAAUGCGCCGGAGUAUGUCUUCCUGAUCUCGGAUCUUGGUGGCGAAAGCCGCUUUGCAGCGACUGUGGCCAAGCGACUGGAGAGCCUUGGCGCUCUCACGCAGGGCGAUCGGCGAGCCACCGAUGCGCGGGAUCUCUCCAAGUUCAACAUCGACAACAACAUCGGACGCAGCGCCUUGGAGAGCGUCCUACAGCAAAUCACAGGCGAGAAGCCACUCGAGACGGUUCACAUACCGGAAUCCUAUAAAGGCGACUUCAGCUUCGACUGCUGCGUCGCGCUCUCCGGCGUGGGCAUGCUGAGUGUGUCCGAGGACAGCAAGGGCCACCAGAUCUUCGUCAUCGAGAAGGACAGCAACAACAUACCCAAGUUCCUCAAUCGCAUACUCGGCUGCCGCGUCGAGGUGCAGAAUGCCCUGUUCAAGUUCUUCCUCAACAAGAUGUAUUCGCUGAUCCUGCAGAUGAAACGUUCCGGGCACUUUGAUCUCGGCAUCCUGGACCUGGAUGCGCACGGUGCCAAUGUGACGGCCAUCAAGCUGAUACGCUUCAUUAGAAAACAUGCCACGGGCACGGCGGCCACGGAGCUGCACACCAUGCAAGUGGUGCGCGGCAUGUCCUUCGAGCUGGCGCUGGCCAAGUUCAAGAAGGAGGCCCGCCAGGAGCACGAGGGCUUCUACACGUUCAAGCAGGAGCGCAACAAUAACAAUUGCGCCAUCCUCUGCCUGAAUGCCCAGCCGGACCAGGCGCCGAGCACUGAUCACAGCAAGCUGAACAUGAAGAUCUAUCGCCCCAAUACGGGGCCACAGGUUCGCACCGAAACGCUCAGCUCGAUUGGCAAUCGCUACGUGAAGGCCUCGCCCGAGGCAGUGCAGCAAUUCUGGGACAUGCAGUACAAUCAGUGCCUGCGCAUGUGCUCCCACAUCUACUGGAACCGUCGCUGCCCCUUUGGCAUCAAGUGUGGCGUGGGCCUCAGAGUGCGCACCUACCACGUGCUGUCCGGCCUGAUGCUGCCCAUCUGGGAUCGCAUAGCGCUGAUCAUCGAGAAGGAUGGCCGCAAGAUUCAAAUGAUACGCGUGAAGACCGAUGAGAACAAGAAGAUCGUUGGCACUGUGGUGCCCGAGGGCGUUUAUCACCAGCUGGUGGCCGACCUGUCCUCCGACUCCCUAGUCGAGAGCAAGGACUUCAGUGUCAAGGAAUAAUAUUUGAUUUCUUUCUGCAGUUUCUUGUAUACAACAACUGGAGAUAACAAUAAAUAUAUAAAACUCUU